CGCUCAUGUAACCCGGCACGUUUUACAGGAACUAUUAUUUGUUGUUUGGAAACAAAGAACGUCUUUUUACAUGGAUCUGUUAUUCAUACAUAUUUUUUGUCAAAACAUGAACUCACUAAAACCUGAAGAUAUCAGGUAAAAUAGGUACCUGAAAGUCAAACGAAAUAUAUUUGAUACUUGAUGAGUAUUGAAUGUUCGCAACAGUUGUAGAAGUCCCUUCAUUGUUUCCGUGGGGGGCCUCGUGGUUUUGCGUUUUGUUUUGCGAUAAAGAAGUUAUCCUGCCUUUUGGUGGUAUCCACCAUUAGUUUUUUAUCAGAAGACUCGGUGAGGAAAUCAUUUUGAGUCCUCGGACAAAGCAUCAUACAGCAUGCGACGUGACUGGGAGGAGGAGGAGGUCGAGGCACUCCUUCAAGUAGUGUUAGACCUAAACCUAUUUGCUGCGAUUGACGGGCGCCGCCCGCGGAACGCACAGGUCUUCGCGAGGCUGUCUUCAGAGCUGAGCCAGAUGGGGAUUAAGCGUACGCCGGAGCAAUGUCGUACAAAGUUGAAGAAUGUGCGUCUAGCCUAUAACAAGCUCAAGAUCAAGCAGUCUAUAUCUGGUGCUGCAGCAUGCAGGGUGCCACAUCAAAACCUCCUAGAGCAACUUCUUGGAGGGCGGCCAGCAGCUACCCUACAUGAAGCGACCAUAGACCUUGGCACAAAUGUGCAUCAGUCAGCUACAGAAGACCGUCGUUCUUCAGCCACAGUCAGCGGCUCCAGAGUACGGGGCUCAGCCACCUUCAGUGGCUCCAGAGUACCGAGUUCGGCCUCUGACAGUGGCUCCAGUGUGCUGAGCGCUGUCUCUGACAUUGGCUCUAGUGAGCUGGGCUCAGGCUCUGACAGCGGUUCCAGUGUGCUGGGCUCUGACUGCGGCUCCAGUGUGCUGGGCUCGGCCUCUGACAGCGGUUCCAGUGUGCUGGGCUCUGACUGCGGCUCCAGUGUGCUGGGCUCGGCCUCUGACAGCGGUUCCAGUGUGCUGGGCUCUGACUGCGGCUCCAGUGUGCUGGGCUCGGCUUCGAACAGUGGCUCCAGAGUACCGGACUCGGCCUCUGUCGGUGGCUCCAGAGCACCUGGCUCGGCCUCUCACAGCGGCUCCAGAGUUGUGGAAUCGUCCGCUAGCGUAACCGGUAUCAGUGAUGUGCCGUCAGCAGCCCAUGCACGCUGGCCUACUCGAUCUGAGUCGGUCGAUGAUGGGCUGGAGUCAGCGUCGUGUAUCGGUCUCAGUCAGACGCCGCGUGCGAUCAGUCAGCGAGAGGCCAGAAAGGCAAAACGAGCUAAAACUGACUCCAGUUGGGAUGGCUUUUUCUCCAUUUGGCAGACCAAGGCUGAUGAGAACUUGGAGUGUCAGCGACAGCUAAUCGCUGCAGAGGACGCCAACCUUGUCAUUAGCAGAGAGCAGCUGGAGGCUUCCAAGGAGGCAAACGCCCAGCUAGCCCGUGCGGUCGACGCCCUCAUAGCAGCUACUGCCCCACGCUAUCACGGGUGUCCCUUUCCAAUGCCGGGGCCAUCGAACCGCGGUAACUAGUUGAUGAGCUGUGGCACGUCCGAAGCGCUUCUUGUGUUACAUUUUCGCUUUGGUUUUAUGGAACGAUGCUCAUUGGAGACGUGACCCCCGCGCAGCAUCACGAAUGUUCCUAACGCCGGGGCUAUGGAGUCGCGGUCACAAGGUGAUUGGCUGUGGCACGUGCGAAGCGAUUGUUGUGUUACACUUUUUUUUGUCUUAUUGAACGUUACUCAUUGGAGAUGUCGUGACCCCCGCGCAGGUAUCACGAAUAUUCCGAAUGCCGGGGCUAUCGAGCCGCGGGUCACAAGUUGAUUGAUUGGCUGUGGCACGUGCGAAGCGAUUGUUGUGUUAGGUACACUUUUUUUGUCUUAUUGAACGUUACUCAUUGGAGAUGUCGUGACCCCGCGCAGGUAUCACGAAUAUUCCGAAUGCCGGGGCUAUCGAGCCGCGGGUCACAAGUUGAUUGAUUGGCUGUGGCACGUGCGAAGCGAUUGUUGUGUUACUUUUUUUUUGUUUUAUUGAACGUUACUCAUUGGAGAUGUCGUGACCCCCCGCGCAGGUAUCACGAAUGUUCCGAAUGCCGGGGCUAUCGAGCCGCGGGUCACAAGUUGAUUGGCUGUGGCACGUGCUAAGCCAUUGUUGUGUAACAUUUACACUUUGUUUUUAUUGAACGUCACUCGUUGAGGAUGUGCGAAGCGAUUGUUGUGUUAUAUUUUCACUCCGUUGUUAUUGCGUAACUCGUUGGAGAUGUCGUGACUUACGCGCAGGUAUCACGAAUGUUCCUAACGCCGGGGCUAUCGAGCCGCGGUCACAAAUUGAUUGGCUGUGUCACCUGUGAAGCGAUUGUUGUUUUACAUUUCUUGCUGUUCCUUUUUUACAUUACUCAUGGGAAAUGUGUGCCACUCGCUCGUGUCUGCGUUUCGUUCCGGUGCUACAAAAUUGUAGCAGUUCUGCAGUUGUCCUGCGCUGUUAAUUUUGUUAAGCAUUACAACUUUCUUUUGCGUUUGCGUCGUAUCAUGCCGUGAGCAGUUGGUAUGAUAGUGUUAUGUUGCAAUAAACGCAGUGACGCGUUGA